CGUGAAAAUAACUAAAAUAUAACAUAUAUAUCUCUAUGUUUGCAAAGCUUUCAAGCAUUACGUUUUUUACCUAUUAUUUUUUUGCACAAUAUUCUUACGCUGGUGAAACCGUGUGUAAAUUAUUUCUAUUUCUGUGAUUUCUAGAGCGCGUAUGCGCACGCGUAUAUUAGAAAUUUUGUGAUUACAACUUCUCGCCAUUCUAUUGUCGACUUUGCUCGAGUUUUUACAGUACUUGAUCUCAUUCUUAAAGAAUAAUACAUGUUCGCUUAUUAUAUUGUAGUUUUCAUAAAGUUAAUUCUGAAUUAUUUCAAAAAGAAUUAUGUUUCGUAAAAGAGAACAACAAGAAAUAGCAGGUUUUAUAAUCAACCACUUCAUUAUUGACGAUUUGAAAGAAAUUAUGUGACAAUAGUGCGACGGAAAUUUUACCGUAUACAAAAAAAUUAGAUAUUAUUCCAAUAAAAAUAAUUUCGAGAUAUAAGAAAGAAAGAAUGAGAAAGUAUCUUAAAGAGAAUAUGUAUUUAUAAUACGUUUCUCAAUAUGAUGCACAUCAAUUAAUCAACAUAGUGCAAUCGAAGUACACAAUAUCCCGUGUAACCAUGUGGAGUGUGGAGCCGCGUCACGUAAAUGUAUCUCUGAACAUCGCAGCAUCUUAUGUUGUAAAGUGAAGUACUACUACUAACUACUGUGGUCGUAUCAAUGACUGGAAAAUCUGAAAAUAGUAUGACAUAAAACAAAUUACUAUACAAUCAUAAAAUAAUCAAAAAAUAAUAAUAACAAAAGUACCGUACUGACGUAAUGAUUGAACACAAUUCGUGACAUGUUGGAAAUUUGAUUACUUUGACUGAGAUAUGUGAUCAUUAAAUCGAAAAAUUGAAGAUGUAAAAAUGUCAUUAUUCUGAUAUAAUGACGAACGAUAAAGAGAAUUCGUUCACAGUUUCCCGAAACUUCAAUAUAAUUUAGAAACAUACACAUGAAAUAACAAUGUCAAAUUAUCUACCUGUAACACACGUAAUACAUUUCAGUUUAUCACAAACAGUGUGAUACCAUAUAAUGGCAAAUGUGAUAUAAGUGUGUACUUAAAGUAAUUUUUACAACACAAAGUGCCAAAGUAUCAUACAAAAUGUUUGGUACAACAACUAUAAUAAGCAGGUCGUUCCUAGUAAUUUUGAUAUUUUUGACAUUGUACUUCCUUGGAAUGGAUGUUUUACUAUAUUCUAGAAUACAAAAUUAUAACGUAAGACCAUUAUUGAAUGGUACACAAUACGUUUCAAUCAUACCUUGUGAUAUUAAUCCAUUGUGUACAGUGACUGUAAAAGGAUUAAUGCUAGAUCAUCCAAAUUAUUUUCUUCUGAGCCCACUUGCAGCAAUUAUGGACAAACUGCUACAGAUAAGCAAUUCUUGGACAUGGGUCACACCAAAUGCAAUCAGUGUUUUUCAUGUGUUCGUAGCGAUGGUAGCCGGCAAAUGUGUUUCCAGUGAUUCGUUGUCUCAUAGACGCUUAGGUGUAAUACUGUUUCAAGCAAGAACAUGGUUAGACGAUCUAGAUGGACACGUUGCUCGAAAAAGAGCAAAUAUCAGUGGUGAACACUCGGAUGUUGGUUCAUCUGGCUACAUUGUUGAUGGUGUCUGUGAUGCUCUGGGUUGUGUGGCGUUACUGAUCGGCCUAUAUCAAUUUCUUGCUCGUAAUUCAAGCAGACGUGGAGGAUACGAUAAGCUGCCGCAGCUACCUGUUUCUUCGGUUCUUGAACCUGGAAAUGUAAUAUCGAAAACUUCAAAUACAGCGCUUCGUAAUAUAUUACUUAUGACCGUCCAUUUGUUCCUGACCAGUGCCGCCUGGAAUCGAUAUAUAUCUUUGUACCAGGAUCUCCUUGAGACUGAAUACAGAACAUCGUCAAUUACCAAACAACACCUUUAUGUUAAACAGACAACUAUAUUCAGGAGUUUGUCAUUUUGGAUAAUAAUCCUUUGCUGGAAGUUUAUUAAUUUUCAUGCUGUCAUGGAUUACGUGCUUUUCGCAAUAUUUUUUGAUCGUAUAAGAGAGUACAUCAAACUUGUGAGAUGGUCCUCGUAUGUAAUUAUAUUGCUGCUUGUUUAUGUCACUGAAUUUCAUUUUCUACGGGCCUAUGCAUAUGUACAAGGAGUACCAUCGAUUAUUGAUGAAGAUAUCUCUUCAUCCGAUGUUUUUACCCAAACAUGACAAUAUGAAUCUUGAGAAAGCUUGCUUUCUACAUCUAUAAAUUAUUGGUGAUAAAGUCAUUUACCUACAUGGAUAACAUUCCAGAAAAAAUUUUUGUAUGUUAUAUUUUUUGGCAGAGAUUUUGUAUACAUAGCAGUCUAAUAUGUAUGAUAUAUGUAAACAUAUACAUUGACCCCUUAAAUGUUAACUUAUAAAUAAUAAUGUCUCUAAUCUACAUUUUGUCUAUUGUGCCAAUGUGAUAUUCGCUUAAUGAAAACUUGAUACUGUCGGUGUACUUACUAUUCUCGGUGUCUUUUAUUAUUGUCGCAUAAUUUUGUAUGCUAGAAAUGUUAAAGAGUUAACACAGUUUUAUAAAUUACUAGUACUUGUUUUAAGUUACUGGAUAUUUAGCAUCGAACACUGCUCUCUUUAUUCCAUGUCUAGGUAACUUUCAACUUUACAAUGUACUUAUUAAUAUAUUUAUCCGCAUAUAUAUUGGUCUCUGUGAUGUACAACUGUGUUACUUAAAUAUUUCAAUGAAUCUCACUUCAUUUAAGGGGUUAAUGGUAUAAAUAUAAAACAAUAAUGUUGAUUGGUACAAGAUUUUUCAUGCGGAUAAUAAAUUCAUUCUUGCCUCUCUUUUUAGUUGCGGUGUAUCUCUAUCAUAGUUCAAUAUAAAGUUGUCAGAAUUAUUGCACUCCUGAAUUCAGUCAUUUGAUUUCAAUCAUUAUGUGUAGGUUGUAUGUAUUAUAUUAUAUAUGUGUACAAAAAUAAAUAUUUAUGUUAAAUAUAUGGGUUGUGUAAUGUAAAAUACAUAUGAUGGUCAUUAUUGGUAUCUGCGGAAUGAUAGAAUUUCUUAUCUUUUUACUCACGAUAAUUUAGAAUAUUUUAUCCUUAUGUGUAUAUUUAUCCUUAUAUAUAUUUAUCCUUAUGAUAUUUAUCCUUAUAUGUAUAGCUGCAACACUUGUGAGUUUUCCUAUCUCGCAUAACAGGCUCUGAAUAUACAUAAGCCGUUGUAACGAGCUUGCGAUAAAAUCCUAUAUAAAUAUGAUGCUAAACUGCAAAGACAUAUUAUAUAUGUAAUAUUCUAAUGUUACUACAUUAGUCACGCUAAUCGUAAGAUUGAAACUCGCAGGCAAGCGCGUAAGAUCCACUUCAUCGCGUUGCACUUAAAAUUUGAUAAGUGCAUCUAACAGUGUACUAAUCGAAUUCAUGAUGAAAUAUAAUAUUACUCUUACA